AGUCUCUUCAUGAGAUUCAUUUUUAUCAGAAAUCAGAGAAUCUUAUAUUUCUCAAGAUCAUCUUCAUCUGUCUUGUUCAUGAAAUCAAUGAGAGAAAUCAUCAAUUCCAGUAUUCUGCUCUUGAUAUCAUUCAAGUAGCAGUAGAGUUCACUCUAGUGACACUUUUUAAAUACUAUCAAAAAAUCUGGUUCUGGUCCCAGACACGGUCACAUGAUCAGUCUAAUUACAGCUGUGUUACUCUCACUGUGAGAAAUACACAGUUGAUAAUGAAUAUUGUAAAGACUCUGAGAA